GAUCAAGGAGCACCAGUGGUACGGCCCGAAUGGGAUGCAACAACUCUGCACGAAGAAGGGAUCCAACGUGUCCAUCGCGCGCACGUGGUUCUGGGACAGCUGCGAGGUGAUAAGCUUGCACUUUCCGUGCGCAGUGGACGACGAGGGAUGGGCAGAGGUGAGUGGGGUUUUACUGUCCUGGGGGUGUACUGGAGCACGGUGCAUAACGAUCUUGGGCGGGUUGAUUGUCGUAAUGGGCGAGGCGCCAUGAAGCUCGACCUCGCCUGUGCGCGCUCAAGCGUGAUAUCCGACUCGGCUACGCUUGAAGGCCGUUGAACACAGUGUCUGACGAGCGAUCAUGAUUGUAGGCUCCUCAAAAAAUGUAAAGCGGCAGGGAAGACGACGAUGGUGUGGACCGUGAACGACCCGCUCGAGAUGGCCGAGGCCAUCCGAUGGGGCAUCGACGUGAUCAUGACGGACGUCCCACACGUCCUGCACGCGCUCCGCCGAGACCUAGAAGUGGACCGGAACAAGACGCUCGCGCGCUACCCGCGCACGUUCCUCUGGAGACGCCACCGCUACUAGUACUACUGGCCCGUCACACUCUUCUGGGCGACGUUCGUCCGCGUGCUCCUGCAGGCGGUCAUAUAUAACCGCCCUCCUCCCCUCAAGAAGGUCGUGUUUAGAGGCUGCCUAGGGGAG